AUGCAUUCAAUAACAUUAGAUCCGCACAAUAAGUAUCACCUCAAGUGGUACUUCGAUGACCACAAACAACGGAUCACUUUCAAUGUGGUGGUCGAGACGACGGGUUGGGUGGGCUUUGGUAUCUCACCAAAUGGUGGAAUGGCUGGCAGUGAUCUGGUUAUCGGUUGGGUCGAUGACAACGGUGUCACACACUUCCACGAUCGUUACGCCGAAGAGGAAGAGUUGCCGACAAUAGACGACUCCCAAGACUGGCAUUUACUGGAGUCGGGACACAACGGCUCUCAUAUAUGGCUCACAUUCACUCGAGUCUUCAUCACCUGUGACACGGAAACAGAUCUCUCUAUCACUUCAGACAUAACUAAACUGAUUUGGGCGUACAGUCACCACAAACCCUCCUCACCAGUGGCUAUGCCUCAACACAAGGCCCUCAACAGAGGCCACAGAAACGUUCAUUUGCUGAGUAUUCCCGGACAUGACUUCGACAAUAAAAAUAAUGAGACAAUCGAGAAGUGGGACAUCACCUCAAGUAAUCUGUUGAUACCUAACAACACCGACACGACCUACUGGUGCAAAAUUGUGAUCGCACCGUUCACUUCGAAAAUACAUGUGAUCAGGAUCGAGCCCAUCAUAUCUCCGGCAACUAACGCACCAUUUGUUCACCACAUGGUUCUCUACCGGUGUCUUCACCCCAACUCGUCAUACAUGGAUCAGUACGCCUCACACAACGGCGCCAAUUGUGUGGACUUCGCUAACAUGCCCUACGAUUUCAUACAUUGCCAAUCAGUUUAUAUGGUCUGA